CCCAUAUAAGGAUAUGCUGAUGAUGUAAUGGGCGCCACAGACUUGCUGCGAGUGAGAGUCAGUUUGCAGAGAACGUCUCAUAAUGUUUGGUUUUCCGGAUGGAAUGUCCACAUCAUCAGGAAAACGGCAUAUUCCCAGGACUUUUAAGAAGGAAAAAGGACGACUUCUAUGUGCAGACUCAAGAUUUUGUUAACAGAAGAGAAAAGAUACCACAACUUCAAGAGGGAGAAAAUGAAAGAGAAAUAUCAACUCUACAAGACGAGUUAACCUAGCUGAAGGUUUUUUAUUCUUGCUGCUUGCUGCAGAGAAAUAUUAAACUGCAGUGGUGGACAAAAUAUCAAGUGUUCCACAACCCCCACCGUUCAUACUGAGAGGUGGCUCAUCAAUGAUCAACUUAGUGUAAAAGGUACCGCUUACAUUUCUGAACUUUCAGGCUGACAAUUUCAAUACAGCAAAAGAAAACCAACAAAAAUAGCAUGACGGCCCCGAGCUUGUUGACUGAAGUGGAGGUCCUGAGGAGGAGGGUGUUGGAAAUGGAGGGGAAGGACGAAGAGCUGAUACGAAUAUCGGACCAGUGUCAAGACCUUGACCGCAGACUGGCAAAUGAGACCAGGAACUGCCGGGGUUUGAAGUUUGAGGUGGAUAAGCUCAACGGUAGACUCUGUGAAAUGGAGAGGAUGGAGGGGGCUUUGGGUAAAAACAAACAGGAUUGUAGUAUCCUGAAGAGCAGCUUGGAGAAAGAGAGAGAGUUCAGCAAGGUGAUGUCUGGGGAGCUUGACGCUCUAAGAAUUAGGGUGAGAGAGCUAGAGGCUGUUGAGGGUCGACUAGAAACAAGUGAAAUGAUUGUCAGACAAGACCUGGGCAAACUCCGAGCCUUGACUGCGGCUCUGGUGGAGGACAGAAAGACUAUGGCAGAGAAGCUCCGACAGGCAGAGGAAAAGAUGAGUAAGAAAGAGUGCAAGAGAAAUGAGCAGGGUAAUUUGGCAAUGAUGACAGAGAGGCUGCGAGAGGAAAAGCAGCUGGCACUAAGAUCUAAGGCAGAUUUAGAAGAGAAGAUUAAGAACAUAAUGAAGGAAAAGGAUGAGCUCCAAGACAGACUGAAAACAGAGGAGGAUAAGAACAGGGAGUUACAGAGUAAAAUAACCACAAUGAAGAAAAAAUUAAACCUAUUUGAGAACAGGAAAGAAAAAGAAGAGAAAUACACAAGCAACAGCGCUCAUUUAUGCCAAACUGAGGACAAUAAAGUUAAAGAGCUGACUAAGGAGCUUGAUGAGCUGAAGAAGAGACUCCAGAACAAAGAGGUCUUAGAGGCAGAACUAUUGAAAGUAGAUGGAGAUAUUGAGGCUCUUGAAAGGAGGCUUCAUGAUGAAAGGAGGAGGUCACAAGCCUUAGCGACAGAGCUAGAGGAGGCAAAGAAGGAACUUGCCAGCUACAAGCAUGGAGAAAAGGAGGAGGUCAACAAGGAGCAUCUCCUUCUUUGCCAUCUUCAAAAAGAACAGGUCAAAUCCAGACUCCUAACAAGAGAAGUAGACACCCUGAAGGAGAAACUCCAGAAGCUGAUGGGGACAGAGGAGUCAAUCUGCAAGGUCCAGAUGGAUCAAUCAACACUGCAGGAAAAACUGACCCAGCAGGAAGCCAAGAACAAAGAGUUGGCCCAGCAGAUGGAGAAACUGACAAGUGAGCUCAGCAGUUAUAGACAAAUCAGGAACUGGACAUCUGUUGCCAAUAAACACUUCCCAGACCUCCAUCAGACCACCAAAGAAGUGCAAACUGAACCUGAAGAAAACCUUGUUUCCAACUGCAACAUGCAUAGUAAGAGACUGAAUGAAGGAAACUCUGCCAAGAACCACAAUACUGAGGUCACAAAUAGAGAAAGCACUGUUGCCAGCUUCGACACAGCAAACAGCAACACCAGCAGCUGCUCAGAAGAGGAUAUGCACCAAACUGUUAACGGAGAGGUGAUGAUGCUGACACACACACCAGGACAGCCCCUUCAGAUUAAAGUCACACCGCAUCAUAUGAUUAGCACAGCCACGCUCGAGAUUACCAGCCCUUCUGGAGAUACUAGUACUGCCAGCACCCCAACAAGUGCAGCAUCCUCAAAGCAGAGAAUCACCAUCAUCCAGAGCUCAAGUUCCCCCGUUGUUAAUCCUAAGAGCCCCACUUCUAGUCCCGACCGCACCCUCUCCCCAGUCAAUGGAUCUCCGAUCUCCCGGGUGUUAAGUCCAAAAUCAUCCCGCUCUGUUACACCCGACAACAAUUCACCCAUUCAGAUUGUUACGGUCAGAACAUGUUCUCCUGAGCCAAGAGAAGUUGCAAAUCCGGCUAUUUUCUGCAAGACACCCGAGAGGUCGAACAGUUGGCAGCGUCAAAUGUCCAACAGCAGUGAUGCAAGUCCAAGUAUCAUCACAACAGAGGACAGCAAGAUCCACAUCCAUCUUGGAAGCCCCUACAUCCCGCCUCUGAAUGGUAUGGCCCAAAGCAUUCCACCGCCUGUUGGGCCAUACUACCUUCGGCAUGAGCAAAGGACUCAAGUGAUCACCAACGGAUGUCACGUGAAAGGUGUUGGAAAGAUCACCAGCAGCAUCACAAUAUCCCCUGCUAAUGCCCAUGCAUCACACUCAAACAUCACUUUUAGUGGUCUUUGUGAUUAGGAACAAAAAUGAAUUUACUGCACAAACUUUUUAUUCACAUAUAACCAUUGUAGUAACCCAGAUGUGCCUUUCGUUAAACUUAUUUACUUCUAUGUAGACCCUUUAAAAAUAUUAUAAAAAAUUAAACUGGUACACCUGACAGUAUAUCAAUAUGUAAUGAAAUGGUUGUUAACUUUGUUAAUUAUUUUCUUGAAUUAAUUCACUUUUGAGCACUUUUCAGAGAUUUUCUAGCCUUUUUCUUUAAUGCAGAGUAAAGUCAGUCAAGUUAGAGAUAAAAAAGCAAGAGAAUUAAAAAAAAAACUAUUUUUUAAUGUGUAAGAAAAUAAAAAUGUGAAUGAAAAAUGUUUAAUAGUUUGGUUUAGUAGGAUUAAUCAUGGGCCGGUUACUGGAAUCAGCAUUUUGAAAGGUUUAGUAAAACCACAAACAUUCUUUUUUUUUUUUUUUUUAUGUUCCCAAAAUGUAAAGCUUAUUCAAUGAAAAUUCAGAAAAAGCUCCAGAGGAACCACACUCUUCUGGUUAACCUGUUGCUGAGCAUUACAGGUUAACCAGCUGAAUAAGAAAAGCUUUGUUUUUACCCUCUUCUUUUUAUUCGUUAUGCUUUUUUACAGCUACAUAACACUUUUCCACUUGAAAUGGACAAAUAUAACCGGGACUUUACUGAAACGGUAUCUGGUAGAAAUGAUUUGCACAGAUACCAGUUUUGCUUUGUGCUUUUGUUUGUCUGUGAUUUGAUAUGAUGAACAAUUUAUUGACAUUUAAACAACUGCUGCCUACCCAUUUAAAAUAAAAGCAAUACGAUGGUGUUAUACAU